AUGCGUUAUCCGAAGAACAUGGCUCUCCACGUCACCAACAUCCGAAACGCUUUAGUACUCACAAGUCUCCUCGCAUCUUGCUUGUGCAUUACCAUUGAUGCAUCUGGGCCUGGCACAAAGGUACUAGACGCCAUUGUUAUCCCUAAUGCCGAUAAUGUGCGUGGCUAUCUGCAUCUCCCAACUGAACUCCCGGCGUACCCAGGUGUAAGCAUACAUUGGAAAUCGUCCCAUCCAGAUGUGGUGUCAGAUAAACCUCGUGGUAGAAUUGCUGCGGGUGUCGUCAAGAGACCGCCCGUUGGCUCUCAUGCUGCCACGGUUCAUUUGACUGCUUGCCUCGAAGGUGGCGGCUCUCGGCCGCUUUGUCGCCAAUUCCCGGUCAGGGUGCAACCAUCCGUCGACCUUGCCCAGUUCUCCCGUUACGCCAUGACAAACUUUGCAAGGUCAAAUUCCUACAUAGGUCAGCAAGUCUACUUCGCAACGAGCGUGGGCAACAAUCCGACAGCCUGGGUGGCCACCAAUAAUGGUAAAGCUGUCCUCAACUCUACCAAAGGUAUGCAUGGCACCCGAGAUCCCGUGGUUGUACGCAUACCAGAGGGCGAUAGAUUCUUCCUCAUUGCGACUGAUCUCAAUGUUGACGCGGUGGAGAAUGGAUGGAAGGGCUGGGACUGGGCUCAGAGUGGUGCGAGUCGCUACAUUGAGGUCUGGGAAUCCGAUGACCUGCGAAACUGGUCCCAACAACGACAUGUCCUUGUGUCGCCGGAGGAAGCGGGAAUGACAUAUGCGCCAGAGGCUAUCUGGGAUCCCGAAAUCGGGGAAUCUGUUGUCUUUUGGACUUCGAGCAUGUAUCCAAAAGGGACGCACUACUCCAGUGAUAAAAGCGAUCCCGAUGGACGUUAUCCGUUGACCGGAGGACAAACGCUGUAUUCAACGACUCGGGAUUUCAUCACUUUUAGCCCUGCAAAAGUGAUGACAGCGCGAACUGGCCACGGGACGCAGGAUCCGGUCAUAAUUCCAGACGGCAAAGGAUUCUACCAACGCAUAGUUUCCGACCGCAAUUCCACAGGAGUAAACCUUACUUGGUAUGGACUGCCAUGUGAUUCAGAAGAUCUCUACCAAGAGAGAGCACGAUCCAUCCUCGCACAGCCAGAUGAAUGGGAGCUCGUUGCAACAUGCAUCACCCAUCGCACAAUGAACACCACGUACGCCGAGGGUCCACUUGUCUUCGAAGCAAACCUCCAUGAUUCUCGGGGUAAAGGUUACUACAUGUACGCAGACCAAAAAUGGGCUGGCUCACCUUCAGGAGAAUUCAUGGAAGAGCAGUAG